ACUAACAGAUCUGAUCAGGAGUGGUGUAGGAUUGGGGACAAAGGUAACAUAUUUCAGUGUAUACAGUAUGUAGAUGACAGUGUACUCCCAGAACUGGUACCUAAACUAACAGAUCUGAUCAGGAGUGGUGUAGGAUUGGGGACAAAGGCUGGCUGUGCUAACAUUGUGAUCUCCUUGACUUACCAGUGUCCUCAAGAUCUGAAACAGUAUGCAGGAAAAUUGAUGAGUUCAUUGUUGAAUGGUCUCCAUGAUAAAAGUGCUACUAUAAGGAAGGUUUAUGCCACUGCACUAGGUUAUCUGGUAAAGGUUUCCAAAGACAGUAGUGUGGAGAAACUUAUUCAGAAAUUGAAAACAUGGUACAUGGACAAAGAAGAUGAGAGCACCAAGUCGUCCUGCGGCCUCACUCUCCAGGCUAUUACCCAUCAUGCACCAGAUGUUCUCAAGCGGCAUGCAGCCGAGGCGUUACCCAUGGCUUUCUUGGCCAUGCAUGACAAAAGGAAGAGGGGUGUGUAG